UGCUCGAAUGAACUCAUAGUUCAUUUUUUUUCUCUAAAUAUUCAGACCCAGCCAAUUGACAAAAUUGUUCGAACAAACUUAGCUGAGCUUAUAUGGGGAAAACAACCUUAAAAAUAGUGGAGUAUUGUAGUUGGAUACGUAGGCCAACUAGAGCCCAUUGAAUUGUCAAUUACAAUUUUGAGUAUUGUAAUUGAAGAAAUAGUGGAGUAAUGUUAGAGCCAUUCUUUCAUGUCCCGUAUUUCACUGGCUUUCCCUAAUUAUUGUCAGUAGGCUUUCUCUCCACCGCCCGCCGCGCCGAGCACGCCUCCACCUCCCCCUCGAUCCAGAUCCACCCAUCCCUCCGCCGCACCUCCUCGAUUAGGGGCGCCGGCGUGGGGUGGACAUCCCUCCGGGCUUGAAUUGAUUCGCUAUUUUGCUGUUUAUCCCCUGGUAAUUGCAGUAGGUUUGCUGGGCAUUCAGUAUAUAUGGGUUCAAAAUCGGUGGAUCAAGUGCUUGAUGCUGCCGCCGCCGGGGUCCAUUACUCGACACUCCGUUUGGAAGAGCUGAACCUCCAAGGUUCCAUGUCAGCGGAGGAACAACCGACGACGUCGGGCCUGGAGAAUGGGCACCAGGAGCCAUUUGUUAUUGGCGUUGCUGGGGGUGCAUCUUCAGGUAAAAGUACCGUGUGCAAGAUGAUCAUUGAUCAGCUGCGCGAUCAGCGUGUGGUUGUUGUUACGCAGGAGUCCUUCUAUUAUGGACUGUCCGAUGAGGAAUUAGUCCAUGUUCAUGAUUAUAACUUCGACCAUCCAGAUGCAUUUGAUACGGAGUUACUACUCUCUUGUAUGCAAAAAUUGAAACAUGGAAAAGCUGUUGACAUUCCUAGCUACAACUUCAAAACAUACAAGAGUGUCUCAAAUGCUAGGAAGGUCAAUCCUUCUGAUGUAAUUAUUUUGGAAGGAAUUCUAGUAUUUCAUGAUUCACGUCUCCGAGAUUUGAUGAACAUGAAGAUUUUCGUUGAUACAGAUGCCGAUGUGCGAUUAACAAGGAGGAUCCGUCGUGAUACAAUUGAGAAGGGUAGAGACAUCAAAGCUGUGUUAGAUCAGUACUCAAAGUUUGUAAAGCCUGCUUUUGAAGACUUCAUCCUCCCAACAAAGAAGUAUGCUGAUAUUAUCAUCCCGCGAGGUGGAGAUAACGAUGUGGCAAUUGACCUAAUUGUUCAGCAUAUUCGCACUAAACUUGGCCAACAUGAUCUCUGCAAAAUACACCCUAAUUUGUAUGUCAUUCAGGCUACUUAUCAGAUACGAGGCAUGCACACAAUAAUACGGGAUGCUGCCACGGCAACACAUGAUUUCAUAUUUUAUGCUGAUCGGUUGAUUCGAUUGGUUGUCGAGCAUGGUCUUGGUCAUCUUCCUUUCCAGGAAAAGCAGGUCAUAACUCCAACCGGAUCUGUUUACACUGGUGUGGAGUUCUCCAAAAGAUUGUGUGGUAUCUCAGUGAUUAGGAGUGGCGAAAGUAUGGAGAAUGCACUACGGGCAUGCUGUAAAGGUAUAAAGAUUGGGAAGAUUCUUAUUCAUAGGGAAGGAGACAAUGGGCAACAGCUCAUCUAUCAGAAUUUACCAAAAGAUAUUGCAAACAGGCAUGUUCUGUUGUUGGACCCCAUAUUGGGAACAGGAAAUUCAGCUGUUCAAGCUAUCUCUCUUCUAUUGAAGAAGGGUGUGCAGGAAGCAAAUAUUAUAUUUCUCAAUCUUAUUUCAGCUCCCCAAGGAGUGCAUGUGGUCAGCAAGAGAUUCCCAAGAGUCAAGAUUGUGACGUCGGAGAUCGAGAUUGGUCUAAAUGACGAUUUCCGUGUCAUCCCUGGAAUGGGUGAGUUUGGAGACAGAUAUUUUGGAACAGAUGAUUAUCAGUCGUCGACACCAUUCUUUUGUGAUGAUAAAAAUCGUGUCAGGCUUUUGUGAGAGUUUUGCCCAGACAUACCAAGGCCUGGCUGCGGCAUUAUCUCCAUUUUUUGAGAAACUUGUAUCCGUGUUUCAAAACUCUGGAAUGCCCGUAUUAAAUGUAUUCAUUACCAGAAACUGUGUAUCAUGCAACAUUACAGACUGAGCUCGCCUCUUAACAUAAUUGGAGCAAUUUCAUUUUUUGGUACCAUCA